AUGGCGCUUACGCGAGGCGUUCGCGAGAGCGACCUGGGUCUGCCCAAGGCCGUGCCAUCGAUUUGCAUCUUCAUCUUGUUCUCGGCUCUGCUUUCCGCGUGCAGGGCCGAUGUGCAGUCCAUCGACCCGGGACUGCAGGGAGAGUAUGGCUCCACACCAGAACUCACCCGCCACCCCACCGGCGCUAACGUGAGCGAACUGAACGGCGCCAUCAACUCCCUCUUCGCGCCAUUCAGAGCUGUGCUGGUACCACACGCCUACACGGACGACCUGGAGGCGCCGCCGAGAAUAGACGGACCGAGCGCCCGAAACAUCAGCAACAAGCUCUUCUCCCGCCUCCCUGGAAACAACCCGCUGCUCACGAACGAUCUGCAAACGAUCUGGGGCCAGCUCACCGUGCUCGACAUCUGCAACACCGUGCGAGGAAUUCAACUGCGUGAUGCCUAUCCAUUCCUGAUCGCGCCUGCCAAUUACACGCUCGAACAGUUGGGCAUUCCCAUUCCAGUCGAUGAUCUGUUCUACAACCCCACGGCGAACGAGUCGCUCAAGUGCCCGCUGCAGCGGUCGGCUCCCCACCCGUCGGCCUACCCCUUCAACCCCACCGCGCAGCGCAACCAGUUCAUGGACAUCACCGGCUGGCUCGACGCCUCGUGGCUCUACGGUUCGGUCGGUUGGGACCCGCAUGCCAAGUUCACCUACAACGAGGUUCGCGCCAAGAAUGGCGCGGGAGACUACACGUGUAAGCUCAACAACUCGUACUGGUUCUUCCCCCAUGAGCUCGAGCUGACGUUCAUCCCGGAGACGACGCAAAACAUCGCCAUUUGGAAGCGGCGGGGCGACCUGCGCACCAACAAGACGCCCGAUCUCAUCGCCCUCACCGAGGUGUUCGGCCUCGAGCACAACCGACUGUGCGACGAGUUCGAGGCCGCUCACCCCGAAUGGACCCAGGACCGGCUCUUCGAAGAGGCUCGCAAGUGGAUCAUCGCAUUCAUGCAGAAGAUCACGACGAGAGAGUGGCUGGCGGCAGACAUGGGCGUGCCUCUCAACUCCACCUACUACGGCCAAGUCGGCUAUGAUCCGACGGUGGACGCGGGCAUUGAGAACUUCUUCUGCUCGGUGGCCAUGCGCUACGGUCAUUCAGAGGUAAACUCGCAGGUGUUCUUGGCCGACGACGACUACAAGCAGAGCUCCAUCGGCAACAUCCUCGUCCGCGACUGGUAUUUCCAGACGAAGAAGAUCGACGAGACGCCGGGCAUGAUCGAGGAUCUGCUGCGCGGUCUCACGGUGCAGAGGCAAGGCCUGGUCGACACCUCCUUUGUCGACGACUUGCGCAACUACAUGUUCUCCACUCCGACCUGGAAUCAGUUUUCCAAUCCCGGACCGGACUUCCUGUGCGGCGAUCUGCCGGCCACCAACAUCCAGCGUGCCAGGGAUCACGGCAUGCCAGACUACAAUGCGGCGCGGGUGCAGCUCGGCCUGACGCCCAUCACGACAUGGACCGACCUCACCAACGACACCGAAGUCGUCCAAAUCCUGGCGGAGCUCUACCCUGGCGGCGUUGGCACGCUGGAUCCCUACGUCGGCGGACUCUUCGAAGUGCACGUCACUGGCGCGCACGUUGGCGAGCUCUUCCACAAGGUCAUCAUGGAUCAGUUCGAGCGGCUGCGCAACGGCGAUCGGUUCUGGUACGAGCGCAAGGGCAUGUUCACCCCGGCCGAGCUCGCCAUCGUCCACAACACCACGAUCAUGGACAUCAUCUCGCGCAACAUGAACGUCACCAAGUGGGGUUCCACCCCCGGUGAGUCGUUCUUCCUCCAGCAGCGCUACCUCGCCAACAUCGGCGGAGACCAGUUCUUCAGGAACUCGGACGAAUAUGAUAACUUUGUCGACCUGUCGCCGGCGUACCGCCUGUCGUGGACUCCCGACAAGGCCAACAACGCCAUCCGCAUGAUGAUCCAGUGCCGGAACAGCGGUUGGGUGGGGGUGGGAUUCGAUGCCGACGAGGCCACGAUGAAGAACGCCGACAUCCACAUCUGCCGGCGGUGGGCCAACGACACGUGGGAGUUCAUCGACGCCUACGCGCUCGACGUGGGUCCGCCCACGCGCGAUCAGACCCUGAGCGGCGGAAGCAACAACCUGUUCGACACAUCGGCCGAGUACGAGGGCGGCGUGGUCACUUGUCGCUUCUCCAAGCGGAUCUCGACAGAAGAUCCGUGGGACAAGACCAUCACGGAGGGCCUCAACAAGGUGAUCUUCGCCUUCAACCCGACCGAGAACGAGCUGGUCUACCACGGACCCACGCGCUCGUCGGCGGCGCGGCUCAACCUGCUCAACACGUGCCUCGGGUCGGACUGCUCGUCGGACGACACGGCAGCCAUCAUCGGCGGCGUGGUGGGCGGCGUGGGCGGCGCGCUGCUGCUGUGUCUCAUCCUGCUGGUGCUGCUGGCCAUCGUGCUGCUGCUUCUGGCGCGUCGGAAGAAGAAGGAGGCGCAGCUGCUGCUGGCCGAGGAGUGGUCGGACGACGAGGCAUCGAUCGAGAUGGACGACAUGUCCGAGUCCUCCGCCUCAUCGAGUGCGUCGGUCCGCAGCUCCGCUCUGCUGGGCAAGCAGCUGUCGCUGAUGGACCUCGAGUCAGUCAACCUCACCUUCGAGCCCAAGGUGCUGACGUUCGGGCUGGGGUCGAACGACAAGUGCCCGGUGGACGAGGAGGUGAGCGAUGAGAUCGUGCUCACCAACCACGGGCCGGCGCGGCGGUUCACGUUCUUCGUGCCGACGGAGAACGACAAGUUCGCGUGCCGGCUGCACCCGGGCUCGGGCGUGAUCAAGUCGGGCAAGAGCGUGACGGUGCACGUGCACGUGACGCUGCUCAUGACGACCAACAUCGAGCGCAAGAUCAAGUUCGACGUGGAGGGCCUCGGGUCGCACCUGAUCACGAUCAAGCUCGUGGGCGAGCUGUCCACCAAGCUCGAUCCCGACGACAUCAUCACCACCAACCCGCCCAUCGGGCAAGGAUCGUUCGGAACGGUGUACAAGGCCAACUAUCGGGGCCAGGAGGUGGCGGCCAAGGUGCUCAACUCGCAGAUGGACAGGCGCCAGCUGGCCGAGUUCCAAAAGGAGGUGGACAUCAUGACGCGGCUGAGGUGUCCCUAUGUGCUCAACUUUGUCGGCGCCUCGUUCGUGCCCGGCAAGACCUGCCUCGUCACCGAACUGUGUACCCACGGCUCCGUGUCGGACGUCGUGUUCUCGGAGCAGAACUUCAAUUACCUGCUGAUGCUGAAGGUGGCGCUGGACAUGGCCAAGGCCAUCUCCUUCCUCCACACGGACAUCAAGCCGGACAACUUCCUCAUCGUCUCGCUGUCGGCCAAGGCGCCGGUGUCGUGCAAGAUCGCCGACUUUGGCACGUCGCGCUCGAUCACGCAGGCCCAGGAGGCCUUCAACCACACGGCGGCGCUGGGCACGCCCAUCUACAUGGCGCCGGAGAUCCUCGAGCACAAGCCCUACUCAGCCAAGAUCGAUGUGUACUCGUUCGGGGUCAUGCUGUGGGUGCUCUACACGCGGAGGGAGCCCUACACGGAGCUCAAGCGGCAGUGGGACAUCCCCAAGUACGUCAUCAAGGGCAACCGCCCCACCGUCCCCGACCACUGCCCCGAGCCCCUGCGCGAGCUUUUCAACCAGUGCUGGACUCACGACCCCCGCGAUCGGCUGGAUAUGAGCGAGGUGGUGACGCUGCUCGAGAAGCUGUUCGAGGAGGAGAAGGCGCUCAAGGGCCAGCGCAAUGAAGCCGAGCGCGGCGGUAGGAAGGCCCGCGCCUCAGGCAGGGCACAGACUGCGCGUGGCUUCGACGAGGAAGAGGAGGAGCGCGUGGGUGCGCGCACCUGGGAGGGUGGUCGAAAGGGUCUCGUCGACGACGACGCCGCCAACCAAAAACACGACGUGGAGGUGAGCUCCUCUUCGGACUCUGGCUCGGACUCAGACUUCGCGCCGAGCAACAAGAAGGGCAAGCAGAAGAAGGACAAGCGCAACCACACCGGCGGCAUCUAG